UGAAGUGCAGGUAGAGGUGAAUGCACAGGCACUGCGGUCACGCCUAGGUAUUCAGGGCAGAGCGGAGAGCUUUGCUAAGUUUCAUUUCCUCUACCUGCUGAGCAACACACACUCGCUCUCUCUCUGUGCGGGCGGGAGCCGAGCCGAGCCGAUCGCUGCCACUGAAUGUUGUACCAUUCAACAGGUGCACUCAUGUUAACAUGGACCGAGCCUGGUUUUUCCCCGUUCCCCUGCUCAUUCUCCUGUCUGCAAGAGGACAUUCCAAGGAAAACACGUUACCUGUACCGAGAAACUUGCAUUUCUCGUCACUAAACUUGCAGAAUGUUCUCCACUGGGAACUGCCUACACGGAGAACAGCUGGGAAGCAACAGUUCAGCGUGCAAUAUAAAGUGUAUGGAGAAAAAGAUUGGAAGAUCAAAGCUGAGUGCCAGAAUAUCACAAAAACAUAUUGUGACCUUUCAAAUGAAACGGAUUAUUACAAAGAACAUUACUAUGCCAGGGUAAGGUCUGUUUCGGAAGCAGGCUUUUCAAAUUGGAUUAAAAGUGGAAGAUUCAAUCCAGAAAUGGAAACGAUCUUCACUUCCCCAAAAGUAAAACUGGAAGCUGGGGUCUGUUCCAUCACAAUCAUUUUGACACCUCCCAAAAAAUGGCAGUACAAUCUACAUCAAUCUACUCCACUGACUAAAAUGUUUCAUGAAUUAAAAUUUGAAAUCCUUGUCAUCGACAGAAAGAUAAAUAAAUCGCGCACUUACCUGGAAAAUGGUGAUUUUAAAAAGGUGGACACAUUGGAACAUGACACCACUUACUGUGUGACUGUUUGGUCAGUGGAACAUUCCUCUUUGAGAAGAAGUGACCCUUCUGAAAUUCAAUGCACAACAACACCAAAAGAUCCAGCAAAACAAAUGGUUAAAAUUAUUCUAUUUGGAUGUGUCGUGCCAGUCCUCCUUUUUAUGUUUAUCUUUGCUUUGGCUUGCUGUUUUAUGUACAAAUACGUGAAUGCCAGAGAUCAGAAGCAACCUAUAAAUCUGCUGCAAAAGGAUUGCCAAUCAAAUAAGACAUUCUUGAUUUGUUCACCUGAAUUACUGACCAUUAAUGUUAUGAUUCUGGAGAAGGGGGACAAGGAAGCAUCAUCAUAUGGUUGUAAAGAUGCUGAUGAUUGCAAAGUCCCUUUAACAUCCCAGGUUUGCAACAUUUCUGCUACUGAAUGGAAAGCCAUUCCCCUGACAACAGAAAAUGGAAGAAAUGUGUACAAAUCUCAAAUUGUAGAAAAUCCAGCAACAGAAAACCGUGUGUAUAGCGAGCGCAGUGUUCCAGUGGCUGAUCAGUCCAAACAAAAUGGUCCCUCAACUGUAAAUGAAGGAAUUCAACAUGGCGACGUUGCAACAGAGAACAUCAGCCUCCCUCAGCAGUUGCAAAGCAUCCAGCUGCCAAAUGGGAAUUACAGAAAACCACUGCAAUUGGGAUACAGAUCGCAACUGCCGUCAGGGCCUGUGAACGUUGAAGGAGCACAGUAUCGUCCAGACUAUGGCCUUCUCGCAGUAGAGACACGUCUAAACCCACAAAAUGAACGACCACGCCUCUCACCAGACAGAAAGACAGAUGAUCCGCUGCAGGCAAGUUACUUGUCGCAAUCUGUUACGAAUGAUUCAAACACGAGGGCGACAGGGAGCAAUGAUGGUCAGCGUGAGAGAGCGUAUCUGCCAAAAAUGCCACAGCAACAAGAACAAAGUAACUAUACGUCGCAGUUUCAACUCGCCGAAAAGCCUCCAAUGGAUGGUGUUGAUUGUUGUCCUCUUGUAUUAGAUAGCAAGAUGCUGAAUGAAAAACUAUAUGAAAAGAUGGAGGAGGCAGAUUUAGACUGGGACCUCAGUAAUGGUAGACUGAGCUUAUCUGCAUUGUGCAUUAGGAGAGAUUCAGAGGAUCGUGACUCCUUGACACAGACUAUAGAACCGCAGCAAGAUCUUCUAUCCUCUGUAUGUACAAAGGCGUUUCCAGAUGAAUCUUUAAAAACUGAGGAAGAAGCCUAUUUAUCGAACUUCCAAGAACAUUGGGGGCUGCGUUUACAAAUAUAGCAAUCGGUGGUCUCUGUCUGCAAGAGCCAUGUGUAUUUUGUGCAAAAUAUGCCACCAUUCGGCACUUCCAUUUUGUUCAGUUGUAGAUCAUUCACUAUUUUAUGUCACUUUGGCAUAAAAUCUAAACGUGAUCGAAAUUUGGACAGCCGUUACCAAUCUCCUUGAUAGACUGUCAAAAGGGGAACUUUGGCUUUGGUACACAGAUACUGAAUCAUCACCAAAGCAAGAGAAUGAAUAACCUUGGUAAUAUCAGGCAAAGCAUAAAAAAGAGCAGUGGAAGAAAUACUUUGGCACAGAGAAGUCGUGCAGCUCAAGGGAAACAGAAGAGCCCACAGAAGGAGAUCGGGCAAAACAUCCUUUCCAGUGCCAAGUUAGUGUGUAAUGUAUAUAUAUGUAUAUAUAUAAUGUAUACAUAU